AUGGCAACUCGAACACAGGAUUUCGGUAUUGAUGUGGCUAUUUCUAGAAAGUUGAACAGUAGAUAUGAUCCAGAUGCUGAACGUCAAGUUAUUGGUUGGGUACAACAGCUAACAGGACAAAAUAUUCCACUAGGACGUGAAAAUGUUCAAAGAUCACUUAAAAAUGGACGUAUCCUAGUUGAACUUAUUAAUGCUGUGUAUGAAAGAACACCUAAUUUACCGCCAAGAGCACAAACAAUUCGAAGACCAGUUAAACCAAAUGCUGGAAAUGCACCAUUUAAACAAAUGGAAAAUAUACAAAAAUUUCUUGAUUUAUCUGAAGCAUAUGGUGUUCCACGGGAAUGUCUGUUUCAAACAGUUGAUUUAUUUGAAGCAAGAAAUAUGGCUCAAGUUUUAGCUACACUGUUACAGCUGGGCACAGAAUGUCAACGUAAUGGAUUUCAAGGACCAGUUUGUGGGCCUAAACCAACUUAUUCGCAACCACGUCAAUGGUCAGAGGAGCAAUUACGCGCCGGGGAAGGUAUAAUUGGUCUACAAGCCGGGACAAAUAAACUAGCCUCACAAAAGGGGAUGUCAUUCGGUGCACAACGUCAUAUUGCCGAUAUUAAAUGCGAUGAUAUGACACCAGAAGGCGCUGCUGUAAUCAGUUUACAAAUGGGUACAAAUAAAUUUGCUUCACAAAAAGGAAUGAGUUUCAGUAAUCAACGUCAUAUUGCCGAUAUAAAAUGUGAUGAUUUGAGUCAAGAAGGCAAGUCGGUUAUCAAUCUUCAAAUGGGUACAAAUCAAUUCGCUUCACAAAAGGGUAUGCGAAUAGGUGCAAGUCGACAUAUCGCUGAUAUUCGUUGUGAUGAUAUGUCAAAAGAAGGUCAAAAUGUGAUUAGUCUUCAAUAUGGUACAAAUAAAUUAGCUAGUCAAAAAGGUAUGCGUAUGGGUGGUCAACGUCAUAUCACAGAUAUUCGUUGUGAUAACCUGUCAGCAGAUGGAGCAUCUGUUAUCGGUUUACAAAUGGGAUUACCACAAAGUCAAGUUGCUUCACAAUCAGGCAUGUCAUUCGGUGCCCACCGACAUAUUAAUGAUUCACAUUAG